GCCAACCUGAGCAGGUGCUUGCUGAUCUCUUCAGUGGGAAGGCGCCUGUUCGCCUCUCCAAGAUCUUCUGGGAGGCAGACACAGAGCCUUACGCACGCGCUCGCGAUGAGCGUGUGCUGUCUAUGGCCAAGGAUAGCGGGGUGCAGGCCGAAAGGUUUUCCGGCCACACGCUGCUGGACAUCGAUGCGACAGUAGCAAAGCCCGGCUUUAAGCCUCCAAUCUCCAUGAAAAGUAUUCAGAAUAUUGUGAAUGCUGCCGGAGCCUUCCGCGCACCGCUGGACAUUCCCAAGAUUCCACCUCUGAAGAUGCAAGGACACGAGGUGCCCAAGAUCUCGGAUCUGUACGAUGAGGAGCCAACAAGCCAGGGCUUUCCAGGUGGGGAGUCGGAGGCCCUGGCUAGACUUCAGCGAACCUGCUCGGACGUGGAGUAUGUCUGCCGCUUUGAGAAGCCAAAGACAGCGUCCACGGGUCGUCCUGGCUCUCCCUGGGAGCCCUCCACCACAGGUCUCUCCCCGUACCUGAAGUUCGGGUGUCUGUCAGUGCGAACUGCUUGGUAUGCCAUUGACCGCUGCAUCCGCGGCAAAAGUCAUUCGCAUCCGCCGCAGUCCUUGCACGGCCAGUUGCUGUUCCGCGAAAUGUUCUACCUGCUUGGCGCAGCCGUUCCUCAUUUUGAUCGAAAUGAGGGGAACACAAUGUGCAAGCAGAUCCCCUGGGGGCAUGAUGAGAAUCUUCUGGCCGCAUGGGAGGCUGGCAAGACGGGAUACCCGUUCAUCGAUGCUUUGAUGCGGCAGUUGAAGCAGACAGGUUUCAUGCACCAUCUGGGGCGACAUGCUGUGGCUUGCUUCUUAACGCGAGGAGAUCUUUGGCAAAAUUGGACAGCUGGGCGCGACGUGUUCGACAGACUCCUCCUGGAUGCAGACUGGGCCAUCAACAACGGCAACUGGCUGUGGUUGGCAGGUGUUGCGCCGUUCUCAGCACCAUACUUCCGGAUCUACGAUCCUUGUCCGGGGCCGAAGUCCAGCCUGAAUGCAGAGCAGACGGGUGAGUUUGUGAAGCAUUAUGUGCCUGAGCUGAAGAACAUGCCUGCGAAGUACUUGUACAAGCCAUGGACGGCACCACUGGCAGAGCAAAAGAAAGCUGGCUGCAUCAUUGGGCAGGACUACCCGCAGCCCAUUGUCGAUCACCAACGCGCACGAGAGGAGAACCUCGCGAAGUUCAAAGCAGCCCUCGACUCAAAGGGCGGCGAGCUCCCCGCAAAGUUUGGCAGUGCCAAGGGCGAUCCAGGGCCCAUGCGCUCCUCAUACAGCUCUGGCAAGGGUGCUGGCCGCAAGGGUGGCAAACGAGCUGAAGCGACGGAGAGACUUGGCUUUGGCCCCUUUGAUCAGGAAGGUAAGGCUGCAGCCGUGGGUGACACUGUGGCAGGCGGGCGAAGAGGCGCCCCGGGCCGAGCCUUUGCUGCCUUGGCACUUCCCGGCUUCACAACCCAAGCCAGAUAG